CCCCCCAAACCCCCACCCCCUCCCCGCCAUGGCAUUUUCCCAGUUGGGCUACCAGUACAUCCGCCCGCUCUACCCGACGGACCGCCAAGGGAACAACGGCGGCGGCGGCGGCGGCGGUUCCCGCAACGGGGCCGACCUCAGCCCGGCCGGUUCGCUCUGCGGCGUUUUAUCUUCCAUGUACGGCGCGCCUUACGCGGCAGCCGCGGCUGCUCAGGGCUACGGGGCCUUCCUGCCUUACGCGGCCGAGCUUCCCAUCUUCCCGCAGCUGGGCGCCCAGUAUGAGUUGAAGGACAGUCCCGGCGUCCAAGCCGCGGCCUUCCCGGCCCCUCACCCGGCUUUCUACCCUUACGGCCAGUAUCAGUUCGGCGACCCCUCCAGGCCCAAGAACGCCACCCGCGAGAGCACCAGCACGCUGAAGGCCUGGCUGAACGAGCACCGCAAGAACCCCUACCCGACCAAGGGCGAGAAGAUCAUGCUGGCCAUCAUCACCAAGAUGACCCUCACUCAGGUCUCCACCUGGUUCGCCAACGCCCGGCGACGCCUCAAGAAGGAGAACAAGAUGACCUGGGCUCCCCGCAGCCGCAGCGAGGACGAGGAAGGCACGACCUACGGCAGCGAGGAUGGCGAGGGGGAGAAGCGAGACCCCGACGACGAGGAGAUAGACUUGGAGAACAGCGACACCGAACCCUCGGAGACCAGUGGAGCGGCGGCCGGAGCCGGGGCCCAAGCCGGGCAGCUGCUCCUGCACGUCGGGGAGGAAGAGGAAGAGGGCCGGGAGGUGAGCGCGGAGCAGGAGGGCGUGCAACCGACGGCGCUGCGCCUGCCUUCCCCGCGGGAGCCCCGCACGGGCAGCAGCGACACGUCGGAAGAGGAGGAGGAAGAGGAGGAGGAGGAAGACGAAGAGGAGAGUUCCGACGGCUUCGAGGAGCUGGCCGGCGCUCAGGAGCGCUUCCUGAAGGCGGUGGAGGCGCGGCGGCGCGCCUCGACGGGACCCCCGCCUCUCCGCAGCCCCAGCCCGCUUCCCCAGCCCGUCCAGCCGCCCAAACCCAAGAUCUGGUCUUUGGCAGAGACGGCUACCAGCCCGGAUAACCCCUCGCGGAAAUCGCCCCCUGGCGGUGGAGGAGGAGGAGGAGGAGGGGGGUCCCCCCCGAACGCCCCCCAAUGCCUUCCCCAAUCCGCCCCGGGCGCCGCGCACAGACUGGUCUCCGCCUGCCCGCUGGGCAAAUUCGCCGGCUGGUCGGGCCGACCCUUCUCGGCCGCCCCCCCGCACGCCUCCCACCCGCUAACUUUGCUGAACACUCCCCAUCUCUUGGGACUGGCGGGGGGCAACUCCAGCACGGCGCCCGCGGCGGCGGCGGCGGCGGCAGCAGCGGCGGCGGCGGCGGCUCUGGCGGCUUUUUCCAGACCGGCGGACCAGGCGCCGAGCGCGGAAGCCUGCGGAACAGAUCGAUCUAGUGCCUUGGAUGUAGAGAAAAAGUUAAUAAAGACAGCUUUCCAGCCAGUUCAGAGGCGGCCUCAGAACCAACUUGAUGCAGCUAUGGUUCUAUCAGCGUUGUCAUCAUCCUAGUUAUUUUUUUUUAUUUUUAAUUAUUGUUCUAAUGGUUGUAAAAUAAAAUUAUCUGUAUAGUUACAGCUCGUACGCAUGUCUGUGUAUUAAAUGGAACAAACAAGCGUGCGUGUGUGUGUGUGUGAGAGGGGCAGAACUCCAUUUCGGUUAACUCAUCUGGGUUAGCUGAAUUCGUGAAGUAUUUUUUGGGUGAAGUCUGGGGUGAGAAAUCAGGCGUUCCUUUCCUUUUUUUGUAUAUAGAGCAAAACGCGCAAGAGAGAGAGAGCGCGCGCACGCACACACACGCGCCCCCAAAAUGUACAUAACUGUGUGAACCAAACUGUACAAGAAAGUAUAUAUAUAUAUAUAUUUUUGGCUAAUAAACUGUUGCCACUUUGACUA